AUGGCAACCAAGAAAGCGAAACCACCCGUCACCUCGGAUGGAGGCGGCGCUGCUGCUGCCACCAAGUCGACCGACGACGCAAACACUACAACCAUUGUGACUAUCGUUGUGACUGUCCUCGCAUGCUGCUGGAUCCAAGGUGCUGCCAUGGAGAGCAUCCUGUCCAUGGACCCACGAAGUGGCCCGCUGCUCACAUUCGUGCAGUUUGUCAGCAUCGCAGUGAUGACGUUCCCUACUUCUACGCACAUCGCUGUGCCUCUCGUCUACCACGGCGGAUUGUCUUUGCUCUACUUUGUGUCUAGUCGCGCCAAUUCAUUAGCUCAUUCGUGCGGGCUAUCGUUCCCACUCUUGAACUUGUUCCGAGCAUCAACUCCCAUGGCAUCGCUUGCGACGGGGUACCUCGUGUUUGGAAAAGCCUAUGCGCGCCAUCAAUUCCUCGGCGUUCUUUUCAUUUCUGUCGGCAUUGGCACCUGCUCGUACAUGGACCCUUCCUCCUCGACCUCGACCAGUACUCGUGCGACCUUCUGUACCGAUAGCAUGUUGUCCAGCAGCUUGGUGUGCAGUUACCCCAUCGUGCAAUCCACCUUGGCACAAGUGGGCCAUUGGCGUGUCGGCAUUGCGCUGCUGCUGGUCGGCCUUGUCGUUGGCUCAAUCCUUGGCCACGUUCAAAAUCACGUGAUGCGAGCCCAUGCCGCGCCCGGACAGCCGCAUCCCGCCGAAGAAAGCAUGUUCUUCAUGCACGCGUUUGCUUUGAUUCUCAUGGCAUUUGGCGACGGCCAAGACCUCCGCACGACGUGGACGUCGUGGACAUAUCUCCAUGCAGACCGACAAAGUGACAAGCUCUGGACACUGGUGGGCCUCGUACUCCUGAACCUCGUGACCAACUACGUGUGUAUCCGAUCGGUGUACCGACUGGCGUCCGUCGUGUCGACCGUGUCCCUCCAAGUCGUCCUCACGCUUCGAAAAGCGGCGAGCCUCGUCUUCAGCGUGUUCUACUUUGGCCAGCCCUUCUCCACGGGGCAGUGGAUUGGCACGGCGGUGGUAUUUCUUGGGGCGUUCGUGUACGCCAACACGUUUAACCCAAGGCGUCGGUAACGGUUUAAACGUGUGGCAAGCUCAAGCCCGCCCUGUCGUGGGCAAUGUACUGUACCUAUCUACCGGGUAAUUAAACAUGUCGAUACCGUAC